UCUUGAUGUCAAGUUUGGGUUCUAAUUACUCUAAUUAUGCAAGCAGUGGGACCUUGCCUCUCAAUUGGCUGCUCGGAGCCCCUGCACGGCCACUAAAUUUAGCUAUGUCCCAAGCUGCCGGGACCUCCUUGACAACAGCGCGCCUCGUCAGCUAACCUCCAACCUCCAGCCUUGUCCAUCGAUAUCUUGUCACAGCUUGCGACCCUCGCAUAGGCAGUUGAAAGAAACGCAACUCGGUUGGUUGACGUCGUCUACAUACCCGAAAUAGCAUCCCCGCCUAGACCACACCCAUCCGCCCACGGACGCAUACCACCAUGUCCACCAUCGCCUCGCCGCGCGACCCCUCGGCGCCCUUCCCGCGACGCAUGAACUCUUCUCAGACAGUGACGACGCCGACCUCCUCCUCGCGGCCCAGCCUCGACGCCCCUCUCUCGGCAGCCGGAUCGCCCAACGCCGGAACCCCAACGGCAGGCAAGCGAAACAACCGCGCCGCCCUACGCGAGUACUACAACAUCCGCAAGACCAGCCCGGCCCCAACACCACCGACCCUCGAAGUAACCGACUACCCCCCGGACCCCAACAACAACGGCGGUGGCGGCGACGGAUCCCCACCCUCGCCCCUCCCGUCAGAGCUGGACAGGCCCGGGCUCGACGCGCCCGCGUUCGCGGCGCGGGCGCUGGGGACGGGCGGGCUGGCCGAGGUGCUGGCGCUGCAGGCGCGGGUGCUGGGGGAGAUGCGGGCGCUGGGGGCGGAGCGCAAGGCGCUCGUCUACGACAACUACAGCCGCCUGAUCAGCGCGACCGAGACGAUACGCCGCAUGCGCGCCGGCAUGGAUCCGCUGGACCCCGUGGCCGCCACGCUGGACCCCGCGGUGGCGAGGGUGUGCGAGCUUGCCAGCGGGGCGAGGGGGUUGGUUAGGGGGGGGCAGGGGCAGGGGGAGGGGGCCGACGGGGAGGAGGAGGAGGAGAGGUGGAGGAGGAGGAGGCGGACUAGGGAGUUGGCGGUUGAGGUGUUGGGGGUGCCGGAGAGGUUGCGGGGGUUGGUUGCGGAGGGGAGGGUGGAGGAGGCGAGGAGGGAGUGGGAGAUGCCGAGAAGGUUGCUGGAGACGUGGAAAGAGAAGGGAUUUGGGGGUGAGGAUGUGGAUGUGUGUAUAAGAGAAGGGGAUGCGGCUCUCAGGGGGGAUGAGGCUUUCAGGGAUGACGAGGGAGAUAGUACGGAAUAAUUGCUGGCCUAGGAGGAAGAGGUCGGGUGUUAUGAGCAAAGCCUGGGGACCGAGACUCACACACCAAUAUACCCAUAUUAUUUUCACGCCGAGA